GAGAGAGAAGAGAGGGGGAUAGAGGGAGAGAGAGAGGGACAGCGAGAGAAGAGAAGAGAAGAGAGGGGGAUACAGAGAGAGGAGCCAGUGGAUUUGUUGCUUUCGCCUCAUUUUUUGUGUUUAUUUAUUGGAUCUAGUUAUUAUUAUUGUUGUCGCUGUUGUUGUUAUUGUUUAUUAUUCGCGUGCUGCUGUUCGGCUGAUGGCGUGGGACGGCGGAUGCACACAGGAGUCGCUACUGUGGAGGGAACUGGAGUGUGCUGCGCUGGUCGGGGAGGACCAGCCUCUGUGUGCGGAGCUGCCGGAUCUCGACCUAUCAGAGCUGGACGUCAGUGACCUAUCAGAGGGCUUUCUGGGCGGCAUCAAGUGGUACACCGACCAACCAGAAUCAAUCAUCUCCUCUCAGUAUGACGACCAAUCAAACAGCCUGUUCGAGAAGUACGAGGAGGAGCAGGAGGCGACGCUGCUGGCGGUGCUGACGGAGACGCUGGACUCCCUCCCGGUGGAGGAGGACUCACACACACUCUCACACACACACCCGGGACUCAGCCCGCCCGAACAGAGCCUGGAGGAGCACACGCUCGCACACACACACUCGCACACACACUCACACACGCACUCGCUCGCGCACUCUCUCAUCCAGCCGUCCAGUCCCAGUCCCAAUACAUCCCCACGGUCGCCAGGCAACGACGAGCCCUCUCUGCUAAAGAAGCUCCUAUUGGCUCCAGCCAACACACACGUCAACUACGGACCGCUGCCCUCGGCAACCAGCAACCAGAGACACAGACACCCAAACACACCCCUCAAGGGGGAGCAGGCCUGGCUGUGUAAGCGAGGGGGUGUGUCGAUGCGACGGCCCUGUACGGAACUCCUGAAGUACCUGACGACCGGCGACCCGGAGACCCUCACCGCGGCAACCGUUGCCAAGGAGGGCCUGUUGUCCUCUGCCUCCUCCCCCUCCUCCUUGUCAUCCUCAAGCUCCGCCUCUGGCUCCGCCCCUGGCUCCUCCUACUCCAGGAAGAAGCUGUCCUCAUGCUCCUCCUCCUCUCAUGCGCACCUGCUGCCCCAGAGAGCCAGUCGCAGCAGUCCGCCACUCCCCCUGACUCCAGACACACCCACUUCCAAGGGAGCUGCGCUUGAGGGCAAAGCCACUGAACGCACACUGACUGUGGAACUCUCCGGAACACCAGGUCUGACUCCGCCCACCACCCCACCUCAUAAGCUGAGUCCGGAGCGCAUCUUCGUCCCUCAUCCUCAUCAUCCUCACCAUCGCCAUCGUCAUCCCCAUCCUCAUCCUCAUCCUCAUCGCCGGGGGCUGAAGCGUCCCCAUAGCUACAGUGACCAUGACUACUGCCAGGCUUCCGUCUCCGUCUCCAAGCACCACCGCCGCCUCGGCAUCAUCUCCGCGGCAACCACCCAGCCUGUCACCACGACAACAGAGGAUGAUGCCUACGACCGCCCCCCUGCCCCGAAACACGCUACUAAGGAAACCCCCCAGCCCAGACCCCCCCUCAAAGACCAGCAGGCAGCACACCCCAGACCCCCCCUCAAAGACCAGCACAUCCGUGCCCAGCUGGACCGGCACUUUGGACCGCGACACCCCCACCUUGAGGAAGAGGAGGAGAGAGAAGAAGAGGAGGAGAGGGAAGAGGAGGAGAGAGAGGAGGAGGAGGAGAGGGACAUGGAGUGGGGGGGUGCAGGGGGGCUCUAUGAGGGCCUCUCGGGGGUGUACGGAGGGUGUGUGGGGGGUCCCUCGGCCCUGUCGGAGCUCUUCUCCAGCGGGCUGGAGAUGGAGAUGGAGAUGGAGAUGGAGCUGGAGCUUCCUCUCCACACACACACCACCUCGCCCCCCUACAGCCCCCCCUCCCCCUCACACACACACAACACAUGGAGUGAUGAUGAGGAGCAACAUGAAUGUCGACGAACGGAGAAGAGGAGCCAGCGGACACACACACCCCACACUACAGAGAGGCGUCGUGUUCAGCUGGACACACACACUCCAAAGAGAGGCGUGAGAGUGUUGGAGGCGGAGUCAGGAGAAGGGGCGGGGUCAGCUGCUGCUAGAGUGGAACUCUACUGGCGCCGCUCUGCUGGACACAAGAAGAACUGCAACCGCAGCAACUACACCAGCCUAGAGUGCGGGUCAUGUGACCUGGAUGUGGAUGGGGACGUGGAGCUGCAGCCGUGGGCCGGCGUGAGCCAAUACGACAACAUGGACUUCGACUCACUGCUGAGAGAAGCGCAGAGCUGAGAGCAGUCUCCUACUGCAAGAGAGAGGAGGAGAGGAGGAGAGGAAGAGAGGAAGAGAGGAAGAGAGGAGGAGAGGAAGAGAGGAGGAGAGGAAGAGAGGAAGAGAGGAGGAGAGGAAGAGAGGAGGAGAGGAAGAGAGGAGGAGAGGAGGAGAGGAAGAGAGGACGAGAGGAAGAGAGGAGGAGUGCAGGAGACAGGGCUGGCGUGAGUCAGUACGACAACAUGGACUUUGACUCAUUUUUGAGAGAAGCGCAGAGCUGAAGACGACAUCAAGGGGGCGAUAUAGAGAGAGAGAGGAGGAGAGACACCCCCACCCCCCUCCUGCCCUGGAACACCCCCACCCCCCCAGCUCCAACACCGACAUCCUUCUCCUCCAUCACCACAGAUGAAGACACUACCUGCUCCUGCUCCUCCUGCUCCUGCUCCUCCUGCUCCUGCUCCUCUCCCACCUGAAGAUCUUGCUCCUCCGGCUCCUGUCUUCCUGCUCCUCUCGCACCUGCUCCUCUCGCACCUGCUCCAAACACUCCUGCUCCUCCUGCUCCUCUAUCUUCUUCAGCCCCAUCAUCACCCACACGCCCCAUCACCCUCCACAUCACCUGCCAUC